CUGGCAACUGAAAUGUUUAACUUCUUCUUUAAUCAAUCGGCAUUGCACUUGAGCUAUAGUCAACACGGUCUUUUACGUGCAUUAUUUAAUGAUUUUUCAUAACUUUUUAGGGCGACUGCGAAUUGUUGAAACUUUUCCGCUAUAAAACGAAUGUCGCCUAGAGAGAAAGCAUGCGUUGAAAAAUGUUGCUUGGGUAUCGUAGCGCUGCUGUCAAAUGGUUGAAUCAAACCGCCGUUGAACGUUUUGCGUGCUGUUUUGUGCUUUCACUUUGUUUUGUAGAUAUCGAGUCGGAUUGAAUAUAUGCUACGUGAACAAAAUGGAAGAGUCAAGCAAGGUUCUCGAAACACUGAAAAAGAUUGGUGGUAUCGAUGUGCGUCAUCUCUGGAUCAUUCAUGAUGAAACGUUUCGUGAAUUUUUCGAAUGGUUUACAAAAAUUGACGAUGAAAAUCUCGUCACAGAUUCGCUGCUCAAAUGCUAUCAAGAAGUCGUUCGUAACGGAGCCGUUCUGCAAGAUGAGGUACUGGAUGAACAACUGAAAGAACUAAACCAGGAGUACGCAGGCAUACUCGAUUACGCGGAUUGCGAUGUGGAAGCGUUAGAGCAGCAGCUGGAACAGCUUGUCGAGGCGGAAGAAAAUUAUGAAAAACUUUUAAACGGUGCGAAGAAAACGAACAUUACACUCACAAAGGAACUGACCGAGCUGGAGCGAAAUGUUCGCGAACAGGAGUAUGUGUUAGAUAAAGUCACAUCGAACAAUAUGGAUAUGGCCAGACAGUUGGAAGAGAGCCAACAGGCCACCCAGCAGCAGUUGUCGGAUUUGCAUCAUUGUUUCUAUCAACCACAAAAUCCACCUUUAUUUAUCCAUCAAAUGCCGAUCGAGCAAUUCGAUGCAAAGUGCGAUCAGUUUCUAAAGUACCUGGAGCUGUACGUGAAGAAGCAUUUCACUGUGAAACGGUUGGACAGCUCGAAGUCGACGGAUGAUGUGGACAAUCAGCAGAUGAUCGAAGAGCUGGAAAGCAUCAAAAUGCGUCUGGAUGUGGAGGAGUUGAAGUUGCUCGAUGCAAAGCGAGAGUAUGCCGGUGUGAUGCAGCUUGUCGAACGUUUGCAGGAUCAUUGUUGGUUGCCGAUGAAAGUGUCCGCACUGAAGAAACAGUGUUUUGAAUUGAAGAGCGCAAAUGAUCAGGAUCUGCUGCGGAUGGAUUUGCUAAACCACGAGCUCGAUACGCUCAUCAGGCAGAUGAACGAACUUAAGAUCGAAUCGGUACUUUAUGAGAAUAAUCGAGUCAAACUCGAUCGUGCCGUCAGCCGGUUAGAAUAUAUACAACGAUUAGACGGAAGCAUUUCCCGUGAGUUGAUGAAUGCCGAGUUGCUAUGGAUACUGAUGCAGCUCGAUUUGGAGAAGAUACGCGAUCGAUUCGAUAAUGCAGACGAAAUGAAUGGUGAAUCGAAACGAUGCUUCAAACGUAUCGAUGCUAUGAAACAGAUCGAAAAGAAUGAACUGCAUGAGGAAGCGAACUGUGAAUAUUUGGCACAGCUAUCUGCAUUAGUAGCACAGGACACUGUCUGCAAUGGAGAAGAACCAAACCGUAGCAUGAGAGUAUAUCUGCAGCACUUUUGCGGCCUGUCGAAACGUCUCUCGAAGCAGUGCGAAUCGAUUGCGAAAGGAAAAUAUAGUCGCAAAGCGGAUGAGUUGCUGAAAGAACUAGCUCACCAGGAACUGUUGUUGUCACGCUUCGUGUUUGAUGGUCCGCUAAACUAUCCCCAAUUCUACGACCAGGAGUACUUGGAACGGGUGCAAAAGCUUAGUUUCGCGUUGAAUCAAUUGGAGCGAGACUUCCGGAACGUUCGAAAAGAUUUCGUACAAAACAUCGAAGAACCGAAGCAAAAUCAAAAAUUUUGGCUGUACAAUCAACGUCUAUGGAUUUGGUUCUUGACGGAGCCAAAGAAGGUUGCUUUUGCCAUCAAGGAAAUAACGGCCGAAGCGUCUAAAACGGCUAGCUACAAAAGUAUAUCCGGUAUCAAAUGCAAAUCGAUCGCUAACGAUAACAAAUUUUAGCUAGUGCAUCUAGUUGCGAUAAGUUAAGCGGAGUAUGAAUAGUAUUAUAAUUAUGACCAAACUUGUUUAGUAAAUGUAAUGCAUGAAGACAUUUAUUAUAUUGAAAGAUCAUCAAGAAUCAAAACAUAAAAAGUAUAUACAUGAAUG